AUGGCGGAAUCUACCCAGGACGAUGAAGCAUAUGAGCCAACCACCGAGUUCCAUAACUUUCUGAAGUUACCUGUUGAGCUUCAGUAUGCGAUUUGGCAUUUGAACUGGCCACCUACCCGACAUUACUUCUCUCUAAACAACGCCCCUCGUCGAGAAUAUGCAGCAGUAGAUGUCGAGAGGAAAUCUUACGUCGAUCGAGUGGUGCUGAAGGACAGAGACCACUUAUCAAACUUCAUGCCUUUCUUGAGUAAGAUUCAGCUUAUCGGUGCGAUUAAUGUCCGCUAUGGAGGACCUAUGACUCAGGACACGAGUUUUUACAAAUACGACUACCACUUAGAAUGCAUGGAUAAACCUGUAAUCUGCGUGGACUUUUCACGCGAUACCUUCUAUUUCGACUACUGUUCUUACCCCUAUCACCGAACCUAUACUCGCGAGGACGAGUGGUUUCGCUUCUUGCGCAACCCAAUCAGUCAAUAUCGGCCACCUUUGUUAUGUGAAGACCACUGGAUCUUCAAAGUGCGAAAUCUUGCACUAUUCCUUCGACGCAAAGGGCUUAAAGGCUCGUCUUGGGACCACUCGAUCCUCAAGAAUAUGAAAUCUUUGAAAAGCGUGUUGCUCGUCACGCCCCAGUACUUUUCUAUGGGGGAUAGCUUACUGGACCCAUAUUGCAAUGUCCUCGACCCCUUCUUCAUGGCUGAUGAAGUAUCUCAUAGACGAUUGGAUCAAAUGCGUCUCGAUGCGAGGCUAAGUAAAAAGUAUCUGGGUGGGAAAAUGAAGGAAUACGGCCUUGAUACUCGUUUAGUCGUAGCCGGCUGCGGGAAAGAAGAUCAUAAGGUUGGCAUGAAACCUAACCUAUUGAGGAAUAUUUGA